AUGUCGGGCAGUGAGACCGACACGAGAAGCAGACGCGUCUCCCAGGCCGCAUCCACGGAGGAGGGCGUGGUCAAGGAGAUCGACAUCAGCCACCACGUGAAGGACGGCUGCGAGAAGGCCGACCCCUCCCAGUUUGAGCUGCUGAAGGUCUUGGGACAAGGCUCCUACGGGAAGGUGUUCCUGGUGCGCAAGGCCGUGGGGCCGGACGCCGGGCAGCUGUAUGCCAUGAAGGUGCUGAAGAAGGCCACGCUGAAAGUUCGGGACCGCGUCAGGUCGAAGAUGGAGAGAGACAUCUUGGCAGAGGUGAACCACCCCUUCAUCGUGAAGCUGCACUACGCCUUCCAGACGGAGGGGAAGCUCUACCUGAUCCUGGACUUCCUGCGCGGAGGGGACCUCUUCACCCGCCUCUCCAAGGAGGUGAUGUUCACGGAGGAGGACGUCAAGUUCUACCUGGCGGAGCUGGCCCUGGCGCUGGACCACCUGCACGGCCUGGGCAUCAUCUACAGGGACCUGAAGCCUGAGAACAUCCUCCUGGACGAAGAGGGCCACAUCAAGGUCACAGACUUCGGGCUGAGCAAGGAGGCCAUCGACCACGACACGCGCGCCUACUCCUUCUGCGGGACCAUCGAGUACAUGGCGCCCGAGGUGGUGAACCGGCGGGGCCACACACAGAGCGCCGACUGGUGGUCCUUCGGCGUGCUCAUGGUGAGGGCUGUGCUCGUGGUGAGGGCGGUGUGCUCAUG